UACUCUCAAAGUAUCGUUACAUUUUUCAAAUCUGAUUUGGUUUCAGGGGAACAUCGAAUAGAAUCCAUCAUAUUUUAUAGGGUCAAUAGGGUCAGACUGUAUCAACAUCGCUUUGUGUGCAGCAAUCAGCUUCUUAAACGCUCAAAGAGGGCAUAAUCUCAACAUCUAAGCUAGAAAUAUCACACAAUCUUUCAAUUUGCUAUUUGGAUAAUGUGUUUAAAUUCCCGCAUAAUGAAUGACAAGUGUUCUCUGAAUAUCUCAUCAGAUUUUUCGUAUGUUUCAUCCAUCUUUUGUUGCUCUCUUUGCAUUGUAAAUAUUGUCAUUCUACUGGUGACACUUAAUCGUGGGCUAAGUUUAGAGCGUGCACGUCAGUUACGCGAGCAAGUGAAUCCACGCUCUGGAAGCUAACAUUUCAAGUUUCAUGGGAACAAAAAAGGAAUCUCGCAAGAAAGGAAAAGGAAAAACUGCUUGUAGCCGAUGAAAAAUAUGCCCGUGAUUUCACAACAUUAACCAUUUAUAAGGCGUUAAAGAGAUAAUUAACUCGAAGGAUGCGUCGAUUUGAAUCAAAACCACAAGACACAAGAUCAUGAAAAUUUGAUAAGCGGUGAAAUGGCCCAAAUUGAGGACGACUGUGAAUAUAUCAAAGGUUUGUUGUUUAACAAUAUUUCAACGAUUAUGAAUGAGUUGGAGGCCUGUCGAAAAAUGUCAAAACCCUGCUUUGAUCAAAGAAGUUUGAGGCCUUUAUGAUGAAGGAUGAAGCUAAGAGCAAUUUCGAGGCAUUUUGAAAGCAGUGCUUUUGCUGGUGUCAGGGCAUCACGUAAAGAUGUUGCAAAGGAUUUGAAAAAAGAAAUAACAGUGAAAACUGAUGAUCUUCGUAAUGGAUAUCACGUAAGGGAAGAGCUUGGCAGAGGAAAGUUUGGAGUGGUUCACAAAGUGAUCAACAAGGAAGACGGAGGGAUAUAUGCUGCGAAGUUCAUCAAAGUGUCUGAAUCCAAAAGAAACGAGGUUUUGCGGGAGGUUGAAAUUAUGAAGAAGUUGAACCAUGAAAAUCUUAUCAGCCUUACUGAUGUGUACGACAUGAAAACGAGAAUUGUUGUUAUCAUGGAAUUUAUAUCAGGUGGUGAGCUCUUUGAGAGAGUUGUCGAAGACGAUAAUCUCACAGAAUCUGAAGCUGCUAUUUAUAUGAAGCAAAUUUUAGAAGGGCUAAAACACAUGCAUCAACAGUAUAUUGUUCAUUUGGAUCUCAAGCCAGAAAAUGUAGUUUGUGUGCAGCCAAGAAGCACAAAAAUAAAACUGAUAGAUUUUGGCUUGGCUCGACAGUUGGAGCAAGGAAAGGAGACAAAAAUCACUUGUGGAACACCAGAGUUUGUAGCGCCAGAAGUACUAAAUUACGACCCAGUUACACUGGCCAGUGAUAUGUGGAGUGUUGGAGUGAUCGCUUACAUCCUAAUAAGCGGAUUGUCACCUUUUCUCGGUGACACGGACACCGAGACAUUUGCCAAUGUGUCAUCUUGCGAGUGGGAUUUUGAUGACGAAUGUUUUGAUGAAGUUUCCAAAGAAUCAAAAGAUUUUAUCGAAGGGCUGAUCAUAAGCAACCCAAGGGAUCGCAGAAACGUGGAUCUUUGUCUUGAACAUGAUUGGAUCCAGAAUCACAGUUUUAAAAAGAAACGGAAGCUAAAGAUUGACAAUUUGCGUAAAUUUCUUGCUAAGAAGCGAUGGCAGAAAUCAGUCAAUGCAGUGCGAGCAGUUCGCCGCUUAAGUUCUUUCGGAGCCUCGCUUUUGGGGAAAUCGUCGUCGUUAUUACGCGAUAAGCCGAAACUUGGGAGUCUUGAUUCCCCAACUUUGUCGAUAUCAGAAGACGGUGAAGGCUCAAAUGUAGGUAAAAAAGUAUCGGAUUCGCAAGAAAAGAAGUGCGUCUCUAUAGGGAGCAGUGAAAGUAAAGGAAAGAUAGAUAUUGCGAAGCUAAUCGUAAACAGUCCUGAGAAGGACGCAAAUGCAAAUGAAGCCGACAAUUUGAAUGAAAGCACCGUCCAAAGUAAUGAGAACAAGUCUUCAGGAAAGAAAUCUGAUGAAAACGAUUCGUCUCAUAGUCUAGCUAAUAUUUCGCAGCUACGACAAAAAUUCGAAACAGCAACAGGAACAUUUCGAAACUCGCGCACUUGUAAUACCAGAAGUAGAUCAAACAGCUGGGACUGGGACCGUAAAAGCGAAAAAGACAAGAACGAUAAAAAGGAAGCGAAGCCAAAUAUUGAUAAUGUCAAUUCAACUGGUUUUUCAAGUAACGGAACAAAAAUAGAUGAAGGUGAACGUUUUUGGAAAGGAAGGUCUGAGAAAAAUACAAUGUCUUUGGGACGAAAGUUUCGAAUGGCUGAUGCUAUGGCAAAUCUUUUAGCUGCAGAAAAGAGUAAGGAGAAAGCUUCUUCAAUUGAGACAUCAAGAAUUGGCUCUUCGUGGAGCACAAAGGUUCCCUCAGGCAACGACGCCCUUGCAAAGGACUUCGCCAUGCCUACCAAAGAAAGGAAAUGUUUAAACGAUAAAAGUGAUGUCUUAAAAGAUCCUGUUUCAAAAAGGAAGGCUAUUAUGACUGAGGAAAGCCCUGUUAGGAAAGCAGUGAUUAAAGAAAAUCCCCCGAGUAAAAUUGGAAAUUUGCCAAAAAAUGAUUCUCAUAAUAGGAAAGGUACUUUGUUAAACGAAGAAAUCUUAAAGGAAGAAUCAGUCUCUAGUCAAAGACACCAUAAGGAGAAGGUCAUUGAACAGCAAAGCAAGCAACGCCAGAGUGAAUGUCAGGUGUCUGACACGGUCCUCGAACGAGGCAAUGCUGAUCAUAAGCCUCCUUCUGAACCUAUUAUAGUCAAUCGGGAAAUCUUUAAGAAAAAUGGAGAAACGAUUAGCGAAAACGCGUCUGUUGUAUCUGCGAGAAAAUUAUUAGAACGAAGCAAAGCUGAAGGACUGCAAAGUUCAAAGAAACUACAGGAGGAUUUGUCGACUGAGGUUGGAUUGCGCUCUUAUCUCGAGCGUAUGAUAAAGGAAGGUAAACUCCCAGGUGGACAGGUUGACAUUGAAAUGCCUCAUAAAAAGAGCUGGGCAAAGUCGAGUGCUGCUGAUAAAAGAGCCUCGUUUCGAGAACUGCUUUCCAAGAGCAUAGCAGCUGAAGAUGUGGAGGAGAGUGGAGGCUCAGAAGAUGAAGAGCCUAUUAAGAUCACAGCAAGAAAAGAGAAGUUUGAAGAUUUCUACGAAGACAUAGAAGAAAUUGGAAAAGGCAGAUUUGGGGUGGUAAGUAAAGUGAGAGAGAGGUCAACAGGCAAAUACUAUGCCGCCAAGUACAUUAAAGUGAGAGCUGCUACCCGUUCUCUGGUGCGGCAAGAAAUCGAUCUGUUGUGCGCAGUGAGGCAUCGAAGGAUCGUGAAGCUAUACGAUGUAUUUGAAGAAUCGAGGAAAUUCAUUCUGUUGAUGGAAUGGGUCGCUGGUGGUGAACUCUUUGAAAAACUUUCUAGAGAAGAAAUUAUUUCUGAAGCAGAGGCUGUUUUCUUUGUGAGGCAGAUCCUACAGGGCGUUCGAUGCAUGCACAGGAAAGGAAUACUCCAUCUCGAUUUGAAGCCAGAGAAUGUCAUGCUGGUCGAUCCAGAUUCAACUGACAUCAAAAUAAUCGACUUUGGUCUUGCAAAGAAGCAUGAUCCCAAAGAUGACAUCAAAGUGUUGUCGGGCACUCCUGCCUUUGCAGCUCCUGAAGUGAUAAACUUUGAAAAGAUAACGAAGGCAACCGACAUGUGGUCGGUUGGUGUUAUUGCCUAUGUCUUACUUAGUGGGGUAUCGCCAUUUUCUGGGGACAGCCACCAAGAGACAUGCAGCAACGUGACGAAAGCCACUUGGGACUUCGAUCAUGAGGCUUUUGAAUCCGUUUCGGAAGAAGCAAAAGAUUUUAUCAGCAACCUUGUCAUAAAACCCCCUAAGCAACGAAUGAGUGUUGAAGAAUCGAUCGACCAUCCUUGGAUAAAGAACGCUCGAAAAAGAAGAGAGAGCCAGAUCAAGACUAGGGGCCUUUUCCAUUUUACAAAGUCUUUCUCAAACAGUGCCGAAUUUCAAGAUGACGUUUUCACGGACAAUCCAGUGCCUCUACCAGAAACUAAUAUCCGGCACGGAGCAUCUGGCAUAACAAGGGAUGCAAAAACGCCAUUUGGAGGCAGGACCUGCAAACAGCCAGUCUUUGAAGUUAUCAACACGAUGGACGAGAGCACCACUGACAGUCCACCACCUGGAUCGCCAAAUGGGUUAAAGAACAAAGAGGAGUAUCGCGUGCUGGAAGAACGUUUCAAGAAUAUGGAACGUGGUUACAAUGAAAUGAAGCAGAGAUUACGAAAACAUUCGGAGCUUCAGAACGAAAUGGAGAAUUUGCGUUCCGAACUUGAGAAGUCGUUAUCCGCCCAUCAGAAACUGCAAGAAUCGUUGUUAGUCCACGAGAAGACGAAGGAUGAAAUAACUGAAAGACACGAUCUUCUCAGGAACAAAUCGAAUAAGCUAGAAAGUGAAAAUAAAGUGCUUGUACAAAAUUUAGAAAUGGUUAAUGAAAGUUACGAAAAAUUAAGUAGAAAAUACAAACGACUGCAAGAGAAGUUAGAGAAAAAUGAGGAUCUUGAAGAUAAAAUUGAGGAACUGGAACGGACGAAAGCAAGAAAACUUGAAAAAAUUAGAGAAUUGGAGGAUCUUGUUGCUGACUUGAAUGAAAACAAAAGAAGAAGUAACAAAGGAGAUGAAACAAUGAGAAAUAGACUUGAGAAAGAGAAUAGAUCGUUGCAGAACACGAUUGAAAAUUGUCAUCAGGAGAUUGAGGAACUAGAAGAUAAGCUGGGAAAUUUAGAAACGGAGAAUGGUAAAUUACGAAGCGAACUGAAACAAUGGAGAAGCAGUGGAAACAUCGACAACAACAACAAGGUCGAUCACAAAUCAAGAGAGAUGGUCGAGAAACUUGAAACAUUGAAAUUAGACCUCGAAGAACAAAUUGAAAUUGAAAUUCGUGAUAGAAAACUUGCUGAGAAAGAGAGGGAUACAAUCGAGGAAGAAUUUGCAGAGGAAAGAAGUAGCUUAGAGAGUCGAAUACAAAAGAUUAUGAGUCACAAUCGACAACUAGAAGAUGAGAUCAGAGAAAUGACGUGUCUUUUAGAUGCAAGUAAGAAAAGUUAUUUCCAAUUGGAUGAAGAAUUCCAGGAAUUGAAAAAGGAAGCAAAUUUUGACAAAAGAAAGCAUAAAGAGGAAAUGAGAUCAAAAAACGACGAGGUUGCAGAAAUCUCUAAGGAAAAAGAUGUUCUCAAAAUAGAAUGCAGCAGAUUAGAUAAAAAGAUGGCGGAGUCAAUAGAAGAGAUAAGAAGACUGGAAAAGGAUCACACCACUGGCAGAAGCACUAUUGACAGAAAAUCAUCUGGACCGAAAGACUUAGAACGAGUGCGGGAGGACCUGAAAAUGACACAAGAACAUCUUAGGAUUGCAACAGACACGAAUUCUCUUCUUCAGCUUGAGAUAAAGAAGAUGAAACAGGAUCACGAGACUGAAUUAAAUAUUCAGCUUAUCGAAUUAGAGGCAAAGCUGAGCAAGGGUCACGAAGGGGAAAUAAAUCGCAUAAGGGAAGAACUUUCAUCUUUACCAAAUAUUGAAAGAAAGGAACUGGAAGACAGAAUUACUGUUCAAGACUUUGCUAUUCGUAAACUUCAAGCCAUCUUGGAGGUUCGCGAACACGAAGAAAGAACCCAUGAAGAGACACAAGAAAUUGCCCCCGUCACUUUAAAUGGAAGCGAAAGCCCAACAACAAAUUCAAACAAAGCCUCAAAGUUUUCACAGAAUCUACCAGAUUCCGUUAACGUCAUAAUAUCAGGUGGUAAUGAAGUGAAGGUCACACAAAGUAUCGACCACGAUGACGAAGAGGAUCCUGAAGAAAAAGAAACACUAACCGACCGCGAGCUGCGCCGGGUUUCUUACAAAAUUGCUGGAGGUGCCUGGAAUAACAUGGGCCAGGCGUUGUGUCUUCGAGGCCCCAAGUAUGAUGAAAUUAUGAAUAGCAACAACAAUGACCAAGAAAAGAUUUUCGGGUUGCUAUCGCUUUGGAAGUCGGAGAUGAAGCAGCCAAGGAGUGUCAUGAUAUCACAGUUGACUGUGGCCAUCGAGAGAAUGAAACGUAGAGACAUUGUCAAGUUCGUUAAGGAGCUCAAUGGACGCGAGGGAUCUAGUUUGUCAAUACGCAAGAGAAUUCGUAAUUUUGUGCGGUAGAAUACCAAAGGUGUAUGACGUAACCAAUGGAAGAUGAAUAUCCAGUGGCAAAGGCCACAAUCAAAUCUAGCAGGUCAAGCGAUAUUCGUUUAUUCCUUGGUGAUAUGAAUAGCUGCUUAUUAAUGAUUUAUAAGGACAGCGUUAGAAAUGAAUAUUCAAAAUAUACAACAUAUGCCGAUAUAUUUUCAAUGACACGUGGGUUUGAGGUAACUUUUACUGGCUCGAAGUAGGAGGAGAACGCAUUGCCUUGGUCUUAAAGAUAUUAAGCUUGCAAAGGGUGAUAAUGUUAAAACGCAAUCGGAUUUGCAAACUAGAAAGUAAAGCAACUUGAGCAUGAUCGUUUCGCAAAGCAGCGUUCAACAAUGUUACUGUUGGUCCUGAAAUCACUCAUCAAAUCUCAGAAUUUGUUAGAAGUUAAGAACAAAUUAAGCUACUGUAAAAUGAAAUUUGGAAAACGUUUAUCUCAAGCCAUCUUCGGUGAAUACUCAAACGUGUUGGCAAAUGAGGCCUGAACACCUCCCUAGAGCGAAAAAGCUAGCUGCUGCAUUGCUUACACCCUUAUCAUUUAUGAACAAAUUAAGAACAUCCAGCUGAAUUUCAAUUCUCUGGUUCUUAUGCAAAAGAAUGUAAUGCAUGAAAUUUUUGUGUAUGCACAUGAGAAUUUGGCAUUAUUCUAUUCAUGUUUCCAAAGAAAUUUUUUUAACAACUUGAGCUUGUAUUGAAGAUCAUAAUCAAGCGACUGAAUUUUUAAUUAAACUUAGCACAGAGUUUGUGUCGCCCAUGACAAGUAACAAUUUUUUUCAAUUCUAAGAAAAUAAAACAAAGCGGCGAAAAUUCUAGGAACAAAUUUUGGUCGUGUAUGAGUGUUUUUAAUUAUGGUUUAUAAACACAUUUAAGGUACCAAGUUGAAGAAAUAUAAUUUGUCAUACAACACACGGGAUCUCAUAAAAUCUAUUUACCAUACUCACGGAGUAUGGUAAAUGGCAGCCAGUCAGCCAGUCAGCCAGUCAGUCCUUGAGUUGUGUAGCGAGUGGAAUGGAUGUGUUAACACCUUAAUUAAGGUGGUAAUGUAAAAAACGUUAUUAAGAGCAGCCAGUGUAAUUAGUAAGGUCUUGUCUCGUGAUAAUUUAAUGUAAGGCCUAUUUAAUGUGGGCCUUGCCUAGUGAUAAUUCGCAAAAUUUGCAUACAAGAAUUGACACUCUCAAUUCAUUCAAGUGAUUACCAUUUUUGUAUCAUGAAAUUGAUCCAGUCAGAGUCUUAGAUAUUUUGAAAGCGUAGCUUUGUUAUUUUUAAAUGUUUUCAAAUAAGCUAAUUUAUCCAAUAGAAAAGAAGAAUCGCAUCGCAAGCAUAUUUGAUGAUCUGUUCCUCGACUUAAUUUUGAAUUUUGAUAGACUAUUUAUACUGUUACUUAAGUGGAACAACUUGUGAGCUUUUAAAAAUAAUUUGUUAUUCAUAAACGAUCUCAACGGAAGAACUUAAAGAACGAUUUUUCUUUUCGAGGUUUGCACUGCUUUCAUCUAAUUUUGGCAAAAAGUUUUAUUUAUACAGGCAUGUGAUCUAAUUUAAUUAACAUUGAUGAGCAACGAAAACAGAACGAAUAUAAUCAUAUUUCUGAAGAUUUAGAAAGUCAGGAAAGUUUUUGUUCAAUUUCCAUAAUUAUAGAGCAAGACGAAACAGAAACUCGAAGGUGCGUCAACAACGUUGUCAUAGAAUAAUCGAUAUCAGAAAAGGUGUGAAUACCUGCAAGUUGAACAAAAAUACAUGCAAAAAAUAAUUAAAUGAACAUUGUUGCUAACAAGAGCGCAGCUGAAGAAAUGUUAUUAUGUCAAAUCUUUCAAUUUUGUCAAACUCAAGAAACAGGGAAGAAUCAAAAUGAUUGAGAAAGUGUCGAAAAAGAAAAAUAACUAAAAUUUAUGCUAUAUCAAGUUAGCUGACAGAACACGUUGGCGUAGAUGCAACUGGUAACGUGGGGUUCAAAAGCUAAAAACUUUUGCUUUCUGUAAAGAAGUAUGAUUGAUUGCCUUGAUGCAACUCUGCGCAGGGUUCUCCUUGCUAUACAGUCUCGUACAAUGUGUUAGUACAUAAUAAAUAAAAGCUAGAUUCAGUACUUAUUCAAAUUAAUCAAACAUUAAGAUUGAGAACAUGAAGAAAGAAAAAGAAAAGUAGAAAACCAUGAUCAUGUAAAGAUACGCAGUGCAGUGCCCAGGAAUAACCAUUUCAGGGCUUGUGUUAAUGUCUAACUGGCUUGUUGCUUUUUCUACAUAAUUGGCGAGAAAAGCAAUUCUGCGUGAUAGACAAAUACAUUCAGCGUUUGGAAUCAUCAAUGACGAAA